GUCGAAUGUCUGAGUUUUUAAGAAACGUUUUUAAUGGAAUGUAAAUUCUAAAGUAAAAUAAUAUUUUAAAAGCAAUGCCACCUGAUUCUUACCUCGUUGAGGUACUUCAUUAUUUAAAUCCACAUUUGAUAUGGAUCGAAGUAAUAGAUCCGACUGUUGCACGGGGAGACAAAUUUGUUUUCGAGCAAAUCGGUAUUUAUGGAGUUCUUCCUAUGGAACUUACGUUAGAUGUGGAGGAUGAGAACCUCAAGACGGGGGUAUCGGAUGUAUGGUUACCAGCGGCAUCAAGCACAAUUAAGAAGGCACUGGCUGAAGCUAUAGAAGUUAGAUUCUGUCCGACAUAUAUAGACCGAAGAUCAUCAAUAUUUGAUGACAACAUUCACAAAUAUGGUGAAUUAAUGGUUAGAAAACAUGACAAUAAAUGGAAGUCUUUAUCAAAGAUUUUAAUAAAAGCUGGUAUUGCAUCAUACGACAUGUGCCUGUUUCACCAACAAUUAAGCUCGGGCAAAUUAAACAUAAGGCUCAAAAGCCUAGAAUCCAGAGAUGUAAUUCAGGAGAUUGAAAAUUAUUACAUAAAGAAAAAUGUAGCUAAGAAGAAUUGGAAGAAAUCAGUGGAAGAACAAACGGUAGUGAGUCAUGCUACUUUAGAGUUGGAAUCUACAUUAACAACAAUUAAUUUACAAAAGCACAAUGAAGUAAUGCAAAGAAUGCUGCAAAAUAAAAUAAAUGACUUUGAACUCUGUAAAGAUAUAAAUGAAGAGCCUUUAGGAAAAGGUUUUAAGGGUAAAUUAAAAAAUGUUUUCAGAGAAACAAAGAAAGAAACAUUACCAUCAAGUGUUGAAAAUAAUCACAAAGUGUCAUCAUUAAAGAAAAGACUUGAAUUGAUGACAAGGAAAAGUAACAGUCAAAAAAUGGACAAUGCACAUAAAAGUGAUCCUAAACAGAUAUUGGAGAAUACGAAAAAAUUCUUAGAACUUAAUACCAAUAAAAAUCUUGAAAGAAAAGAAAAUGAAGAAAUAUCAAGUAAAAGCAGUAAAGAGCAGACAUCUGAAAUGAAAAGUUAUUAUAAUGGCCGAACAUUUAUAAAAGAAAACAAAAACAAUACAGAAUUUAAACUACCAAAACCAACUGCAAUGGAACAUCCAAGAGAAAAAAAAGUAUAUUAUGGCCCACCUGGUAUUUUACCCACAAAAUUAUGUCUGAAAGUAAUGUCUGAAAAUGUUGGAAACCAACCAUUUAUCCCUGUUGAUAAUCAAGAGAAGACUACUGAGAAAGAAGAUAUUUUUGCUAACAUGGAUUCUGGAGUAAAUGUACAAAUAACUAAUAAAAAUUGUUUAAUGAACAUGAAACAGAAUGUUGAAAUAAAUCAUAAAUAUACAGUUCCAGUAAAAUUGAAUAAUAGAGGUAGUUCAAGUAAAGGCAGUAGUGUCAAUUUGGCAGAAAAGACAAAUUCUGCAUCUACAGUCAAAUCUUCAAGUAAAGUUUUACAAAGAAAGUUAAUUUUACAUGAAAAAAAGAAAGGUAAUUUUCUGAACGGUCCAUUUUCUUCAUGUUCAGAAACAUCAAAUAAAGAUUCAUCUUCUUUAGAAGAAGUUGAUGUUAGAAAAAAAGAGAACAGAACAGAAACUCAAAAUUCAGAUGAUGAAGUCAUAAGAAAAAUUAAUGAGGAGUAUUCUACUCCUAACGUAAGCAAAGAAGUUAACUUUAAUACUGAUAAUUACAUUUCUAUGAAAAAUUCUGUAAACCCUUUCAAAAAUAUUGACCCAAACAUAUCUAUAUUUGUAGAAAAACUUGUGACACCCGUGUUGAUGGUGCAUACAAAAAUGAACAAACGAAUAGAACCGGUUUUCAAUCUUAGGGAUGUUAACUUCAAUGCCGACAUUCUAAUGGCCUUGAAAACUAUGUCUAUAGAAAAUCCUAUGAUGCUACAAACAAUAUCAUGGUUUUGUAUACUACGAGGGUAUAGUACAUUUUUGAUAAGUCCUGUAGGAAGUGGAAAAACAAUGGGAUAUUUGCCAGCUGUGUGUCGACUAGCAUCUGAUAAUGAUUUCGAUGAUUCAGAAAGUGUUGGUCCAAAAUGUAUAAUUAUAUGUGCGACUGCAAAAUCUGUUGGCGAGAUUGAAAAGCUUUCUAAAAUGUUUUUAAAAGACAACAAUAAGGUGGUUGCAUGUUUUGCAGGUGUUGAUGAUGCACUAAUAACUACUUCCUUGUUGAAUGGUUCUGACUUAUUAAUAUGUACGCCAUCGUAUUUAGUACGUUUACUUCAACUAACCGAUUUCGGGGUUGAUUUACGUCGUCUUGCAACAGUUGUCCUCGAUGAUUGCGAGAGAUUAGGCGAAGUAUAUACCAAUGAAUUGAAGUAUAUCAUUUUGAAAGUCAAAGAAACUCUCAAAUACCGAACCAACAAAGAGCUGAAAGUACAAUAUGUUGCAGCGUCUAGGAUUUGGUGUGAUUUCAUGGAACCAAUAAUAAAGAAAGCCCCACAUUCUGUUGUCUGCAUGGGGGCAUUUCAAGAAUGUGUCCUAUACUCAAAGGCUGGAAUUUCCGUUAGUUUUGUUUAUGAUAAUACUAAAAUGCAAGCUGUUCAUGAUUUUCUUAACCAAAUCGACGUUACCAAAAGAACAGUAAUCGUUUGUGAUACAGAUGAUGAGAUAUUUUUACUAAAAAAGACUUUAAAGAAAUAUAAAAAUGCAAUUUUUACCUGUGACAGUACAAUGACCAUUCAAGAUUUGUACAAUUUGAGAAUCACUUGGGAUGAAUAUCAGGAACCAUUGUCGGGACCAAUUCUAUUAUGUUGCAAUGACACUCUGGCUCAUAUGAAUGUGACUGAUGCGAACUAUUUGCUCAUUUAUUCCCUUCCACCAUUGUUCUCUACGUUCUGUAGAUGGUUUUCAGUUUUAAAUGACAAAUAUCCAUCUAUUUUUAAACAAGAUAAUGAAAUCGUGAAAAUCAAAAUAUUAAUUGAAGAGAAAAAUUUGGAGCAGUUGCCAAAAAUGCUUAAUUUUGUUAAACGAUGCACUGAUAAUAAAUUUCCACAACACUUGAGUAAGGUCUGCAACAACAUUAUGAUUGAAAAAGAUAAAGCCAAAGCUUCAAAGUUAGUACCACUUUGUAAUAACUUACUUGGUCUCGGUUAUUGUCCUGACUAUUGGAAUUGUCACUUUAGACACACCUUCGAGGUAGCUGUUGAUAAAUUGAAAGAAUGGAUGCCACUAACUGGCCAAAUUACAUUUAAAAUCCUGCACUAUCACUCUGCGGUUUGUUUUUCGGCUAGACUGCUGUCUAAUACAGUGGAAGACUCAACGAAAAAGUAUCCACAAACAUAUAGCACUCUUUCCCUAAAAAUGGGCAUGUAUUAUAGUAAGGAAAGUAACAAAAAACUCCACGGUGUGCCAAAAAUUGGUGACAUAUGUGCGGUUUCACUGAAGCAAAACUUUUUCGCGAGAUGUCAAGUGAUUAAAAUUUUGAGCAAGUAUCAAAGAGGGAAUCCUAACUCUGUACUAAUCAAACUUUUAGAUGAAGAUAAGAUGGAAACGACGAGGGACAUAUAUUUGUACUAUAUACCUGAAGAGAUGAAAAAAAUAGAAACGCACGUGGUUCAAGUGAGACUAGCCAAUAUACAACCUAAAGACAAAGACGUGACGUUUUCAGAUCUGGCUAGAGACCAACUUAAAAUGAUAACUGACCAAGAUGAAGAACUGUAUAUGAGGGGAGAAGUAGCCAUGUGUAUUGGAAAUUGCGUUUUCGUUGAUACCCUUGAAGCUUGUCAGGACUUGGCAUCAAUAAACCAAACAGUUGUAAAACAUGACUUUAAAUCAGACCUUCUAGAAAAGCAUGCCGUACCAAAUAUGGAACAUUUGGACAAGAUUAAACAGAUUUGUGGCGUCAAAUUUGAAGUUGAAGAGAAAAAUGAAACGCGAAAAUCAUUGGAGCCAGUAAAAACUGCAACUGCUUCUUGGGCUUAUUUAGAAAAGGACAACACUUCGUUGGUGUUUUUUGGAAGUGCAUUAAAUCCAAGUAAAUUCUUUGUGCGUCUUCAAAAGUUUGAUUCGUGUGUAAAUAUGUUGCUGAAGGAAAUACAGAAGUUCGUUGCUACAAAUCCAGAACCAUUGAAUAAUGUUAACGAGGGUGAUAUUGUGUUAGCUAUGUUCCCAGACGACGGAGCAUUUGAAAGGGCUAGAAUUGAAAAGGUCAUCGACAAACAUAAAGUAAAAUGCUUCUUCGUCGACCAAGGUGAUUGGAGAGAGGUGCCCGUUAAGAAAUUAAUAGCUAUUAAAGACGAAUUCAUAUCAAAGCUGCCUUUCCAAGCAAUCGAAUGUAGAUUACUAGGCGUUAAACCUGCUGGAGAAGAAUGGUCAGAUUUCGCAACAAAUUGGUUUUCCGAUAUAUGUUACGACGUUGAUAAUGACAGUAUGAAAUAUUUGUAUGUAAAAUGUUUUACCAAAGAGAAAGCUGAGUUUACUAAUGGCAAUAAAUAUGGUGUUGUAAUGUUCGACACGAACAAUGAUGAUGAUGUUGUUAUAAAUCUAGUUUUAAUUGACGUUAAUUUUGCAAAAGAGAUUGAUAGUGAAAUUAAAUAUUUGCACGAAUGUGAGACGAUUAAUCUCAGUAAAAACUCUUUAAAUGGUGAACAGCUCUCUGAUUCAGAAGAAGAGGCGAAGGAAAAUUUUGAUUCUGCAGUUUGUAAGAAUAACAAUGUACAGGCAAAUAACUCGUCAAUGUUGGACACUAUAUUCAAGAAACCCAUAAGAUCCGUGCCUUUGGUAGGGUCAGAUGAUUCAGAUGAUUCUGAUCGAUGGAAUAUCAAUAUGGCUGAAGAUUUUCUAAACAUUUUCAAACCUAAUAAAGAUUCUAAAAUAGAAGAUACUAAAAACUUACCUGCAAUUGUGAAUGAGACAGAAAAGGACGUGAACACUUCUACAGACAAACCUGAAAAUAGUCUACCAGACGUACCUCGAUGUAAAAAUACUAAAGAAUUAGAUUCCGAUGAUUUUACGUCACCAGAAUCAUCGGAUGUUUUAAAGACAUCAGAGAACCGUGUCAUAAAAUCUCUUUUAGUAACAGAUAAUAUGCGGAAACCAAAACUAAUUUGGCGUCAAAAUAAAAAGCUUGUUAUUAUUAAAGUGAAUCUUAUCGGAUUACAGAUGUAUGAUGUUAGAAUUGACGGCAGAGCUAUAAGUUUUGCGGCAAAUUUGAAUGACUUAGAAUAUGCGUUCGAUAUCGAGUUGUACGGAGCUAUAGACGUGGCGAAGUCACAUCAUUGUAACAAAGGGCUGUAUGUUCUUAUGAAGUUACAUAAGAUUUUAAACAAGAACUGGUUGACUUUGACGAAAGAUGAGGAGAUAAGAAAAUGGAUUGUGUACGACGUGGAAUCUAUUGACGCUUCCUCUGAUGAGGAAGUUAUUGAUGAACAUAAUAAAAAGACAAUGUUAAGCGCAAUUCAGAAUAUUUAUACUAAAGAAGAUACUGAUAGUGAAGAUGAUGAUUUUCAUGAUGAUCUCAACUAAGAACAACUAAGAUUUCUCAUUAAACUUAUAUUUAUUUCUAACAUUAAGAGUAGGUGCGCACCUUUGACUAAACAAUCGCAAACUGUUGUGCGAUUGUCGAUUGUUUCGCAGCCUGAACUGUUUAGUUGCACAACUAAAAAUCGAGUAGUAUGCGUACUUCCAAAUAAGCUCUUAGGAGUCAAAGCACGACUUAACUGUUAAAGGUGCGCGCGCGCUCUAAGUUAAAAACCAAUAGUCAACAUAGACGCAUUCUUUUGAAGUUAGUUUAGUGAAUUAAGGACUAGUAAUUUGAAGUGAGGAUGUCAAGUUGUAUAUAAAUGAUAUGGUGUUUGUAUUGUCUAUGUCUAUAUCAAAUCGUGGGCUAUCACUGUCGCAAUAUGUGAGAAAAAAGAUAUUGCCAUCUCUGUCGUACUCGAAAACCAAUGAUAUGGCUUUUGUACAGAUGUUUCGGCAGUGAAAAUGCACGGUUAAGAGUGAAAUGUAUAUCUUAAUGUAGAUUUGUCUUAUAAAUGUUAUGCAUUUGUAUGUGCGGUUUGUCAGUAUUUUUCAUUUCAAUACUUUAAUACGUUUCUCGUAUGUCCUAAGUCCUACGUUAAGAUUUAAACUAUAUACCAUUAUUUUUAAAGUCUGUCACAAAAGUCCGCCUAUACUAUAAGUAUAGGGUUCUCUAUUAAUUAGGUUUUAGUUUGUUUUUAAUAUGAGACUACCUAAGAGUUUUGUUACGAUUUUUCAUUGUAAGUUAUGCUGUUAUGGCCUGGAAUAAAAAGAUAUUUUUUUGUUGUAAGAGCUAGUAAACGAAAAAGCCAUAUAAAUUCGCUAAAAUAGCAAAGUGACCACUGCCAUAGGGAGAGGAUGUCCCCUCCGCCAACACUUGCUUCAUCUCAUCUCGCACUUAUAAGAAAAAGGGAGAGGGAAGGAGGUGAUGGCCAUUACCGGCUACCUGAAUCCGCUGAAAUGCCGAUAUGACCGCAGCCCUUAGACAUCCACAAUUGCAGAUGCGUUACCUACCCUUAAUCGACGGUGGAGGAGACGCACAGGACGAUUUUCCCCUUAUCCCCUACUGUCAAAUCCAAUUUCCCUUCUCAUUCUUUCCUCUUAAGUAAAGGCUGGAAAGAACAAGGGAAACCGCGGAGUUGCUUCCACUUCACGCUUGGCUUCUUUGUGAUCAAGGGCGAGCCGGCCUUACAGUGCGAAGUUGUUAAAACGGGCUCUACCACUAUUAAACCAUAAUUAGUCCUCAGCAUGCACUCAGACGAAAUAGUUGUCAGACACGCGGAAUUGCUUUCACUUCACGCCUGUCUGUGGUCGUGGUAUUUCUCCUGUUACGCCGGCCUACUCGUACAAGUGACGUUUUACUGUUACAUGAAUUUAAAAAAAUAAUUCUUUAAAUAGACUGAAACUUGUGCCAAAUGAGAAUGCGUAAUCUCCGGCUACCUUUAGGUUACGGUCAUAUAUAUAUCGAUGUUUGUAUGGACACAUUGUGAAAGGUGUCCUAGGGAGAUGUACGCUCUUUUCUUGAAGGAUCCUAUGUUCAGUUUUAAGACUUGUUUGGAGUUAUUUUAUAUGUUUUGUUAUAGUUAUUUUAUUUUUGUUACCAUUCACGUGUUGAACGAAAACUCAUCGAUAUUGUGAUAUUUACGUUUUGUGACAUUACUUACCGUGGGUUUCUACAGACCUAAAAUAUUUGUAUCUCAGUUUAUUUCAGAGACUAACGGCCGAAUACUGAAACGUGAUUUAAAUAUGUAACCGCGUUUUAAAUGACAAGGCUAAGAGAUGUCCCUACUUUUUUAUAUCAUAAGGUGACAAGUGGCAAAGCGACCGCUGCCCAUAGAAAAUCGCAAUAGCUGAUGCGUUGCCUACUAUUAAUUGACGGAAGAGGCGACGCACAUGAAGAUAUUUCUCCUUCCAAUGCGUCUCCUCCACCCUUCAAAUCGACGUUCCCUUCCCAUCCUAUUCUUAUAAGAAAAAAGGUGGAAAAGAAAAGGGAUUAAAGUUGGGCCUAUAGCACCACACUCAUUAGAUUGUACGCGGAAUAGCUCCCACUUGACGCCUGUCUUCUGUGUGAUCGUGGUAUUUCACCGGGCGAGCCGACCCAUUCGUGCGAAAAUGUUAAGCGGGCUCUAUCACUAUUAAACUUACAAAGCAAAUAUAAGAUUAGUUCCAGUAUUUGGCCGUAAGCGAGAUAAAAAGUUUGUGCAAUUCUAUAAUAUUGUAAGUGAAAAACCACGGGAACUGUAUUAAUUACUUAGAAAUUUCAUAACUUGUAUGAAAUUCCUGUUUAGAUCUAAGUGUAAUUGGCAUUAGUUCAUUUAAUGAAGCAGCAAAUACGUAAAAUAUAUAUGAUUUUAUGGUUUAA